AUGGCAAGAGGAUGUCCAUUCACGAAAAAGACCAAGCGAGCACCAAAGAAGAGUGCCACGUCGAUCACCGGAGACGGAGAGAACAAUGUGGUUCCCAAUAUGGCUCCUAAGAAAAUCAGGAAGCCUCGUGACGAAAAUCAAUGGAAGAUCACCGAUUUCUACGAGGUUCGAAAAAGCGGUCGCAAGACGGAAAAACAGCUUCAAGACGAAGCUCAGAAGGCCGUGGCUGAGAAGGUUCUGAAAGGAAGCAACGAGGAACUUUUGCAAGUUUUCCACGAUGCCGACAAGGGCCGAUGCAUUUGCUCCACUGUCAAUUUUCAAAAAGACGAGUUUGUCAUUGAAUACAAAGGGGAGAUGAUGGAGUAUGCCGAAGCAAAAAAGGCUGAAGAUCGAUACAAGGAGAACCCAACUAUUGGGUCUUACAUGUACUUCUUCGAGCACAAAGGAAAAAGAUGGUGCGUCGAUGCGACCAAAGAAACAAUCUACAAAGGCCGACUUAUAAACCAUUCUAUUCGCAAGCCGAAUUUGAAAACCAAGGUGAUUGACAUCGACGGAGCGCAUCAUCUAAUUUUGAUUGCUACUCGGGAGAUCAUCGUUGGAGAGGAGCUUCUCUACGACUAUGGAGAUCGUUCCAGUGAUGUCGUCGCCGAGAAUCCAUGGCUUCGCGAUUCUUAA